AGGCAAUUUCUGCCAACAGCUUAUCAACAAGAAUUUGACAUCAUCCUCGAUCGCCUGUUUGAGUACCUCACCAAGAAAAUGCCCAUUUAUUCCUCGGAUUCCGAUGAUGUUCCUGCACCUCCUAAAAGGUUGUUCGGUCGUGAGAAGCCUUUGCAUGCUCUUCUUGGAGGAGGAAAAGUGGCGGACGUAUUACUAUGGAGGAACAGGAACUUAUCAGCAGCAAUACUAAUUGGAUUCACGGUUAUAUGGUUUCUGUUCGAAGUCGUGGAAUAUAAUUUUGUCACUCUUCUAUGUCAUAUUUCCAUAAUUACGAUGUUAAUCGUGUUUGUCUGGUCAACCGGAGCAGGCCUAAUUGAUUGGAAUCCACCUGAUCCACGAGCACUCACAAUACCAGAAUCCACUGUCCGAUGGCUGUUUACCAAAUUCAACAGGAUACUGUUAAGGUUCUAUGAUGUUUCAUCUGGAAGAGAUUUGAAGACAUUCAUUCUGGCCAUCGCCUUCCUGUGGAUACUUUCAGGAAUCGGAAACUACUUCAGCUCCCUGAAUCUGUUAUAUACAGGGUUUUUAUGUCUGAUAACUCUUCCAGCGUUAUAUGAGCGAUACCAGGACGAGGUGGAUUAUCUUGCAGGCAAGGGGAGCCGAGAUAUGAAGAAACUGUACAAGAAACUCGACUCCAAAUUUCUUAACAAGAUUCCAAGAGGACCUGUGAAAGAAAAGAAGAAAUUCUGAUUCAGAAUUCUCAGAAAAUGUGUAUAAACUCAUCUACAUAUGUUUAGUUGAUUAGUUACAAGUAAAAGAAUGUAUAUGUCUUUGCAAUUAAGGGAAUGAAAGCCACUUAUCUAAUUGUCACUGCAAUUACUUGUCCUUCUGUACUUGAAACAAUAAAAAUUCCCAUAUGAUAUUGAGUGCAUGCAUGAAUUCUGGCAA